GUGAACGAACUUAGCAAGAAGACAGUUGAUGAGGUCUGGAGAGAGAUUCAGCAGAGCAAGAGAGGAGGCAGUGCCCAAGAGAGGAAAGAUAAGAGGCAGAAGCAGUCGACGACGCUCGGUGAAAUGACGCUCGAGGACUUGUUGUUGAAGGCCGGGGUGGUGACAGAAACAAUCCCUGAUCCGAACGAGGCCGGUAAUGGAGGUUCUUGUCCUACUGGUUUAGGGCAACACAUUCCUCAGCACGGCCCUUGGCUGCAAUACCAAGCGUUUAUGCCAUACCCAGUUUCAGAAAUGCAGGCAAUGAUGGGUGGGUUGUCAGAUACACAGGCACCUGGCCGGAAUAGGGUGGCAUCUGGAGAUGUUGUGGGGAAGACAGUAGAGAGGAGGCAGAAGAGAAUGAUCAAGAACAGAGAGUCUGCUGCUCGUUCACGAGCCAGGAAGCAGGCUUACACCCAUGAGCUCGAGAUCAAGGUUUUGCAGUUAGAGGAAGAGAAUAAGAGAUUAAGGAGACAAAAGGAAGUGGAGAAGGUCCUUCCGAGUGCACCACCACCACCCGAUCCAAAGCGGCAGUUGCAGCGGACGAGCUCUGCCCCUUUCUGAACCUCUCCACCCUUCUCUUCUCUGCGUCAGUUCCUUUGUGUUUGCCUUGUAAAACUGGGGGGAAAUAACAAAAGAGAAGAGGGGAAAAAAAAGGGAUCUUUCUUUCUUUGUGCAUUCAGAACACUCUAUGCUCAGCUGUCGCAAACUUUCUUGCCUUUGAUCAUUGAUGAGAUUUUCACAAAGUGUAGUAGUACAUUGACUGACACAA